UGGCAUGAAACCAGAAGCGCUCUCUCUCUCUCUCUCUCUCUCUCUCUCUCCUCUCGCCAGAUACACAGAGCAGCAGAGCACGUUCCCGUUGAAAAACCCUAGAGCGCGCUUCGUCCCUCCGGCCCCUGCCUUGCUCCUCAAGCGUCGAAUCCAAUCGUCGCCGAUCCCCGCCGCCGUCUCGCGGUGGUGGUGGUGGUGGUGGUGGUGGUGGUGGUGGGGAAGCCCGUCGGGGUACCGGAAGAGAUCCCGGAGUUGAAGCGGCCGGUCGGUCGGGCUUUUCGUCGUCCUCCGUUGCGAUUUUUUGAUGAGGAGGCUGCAUCGGCGCCUGAGGAUCCUGAUCCUCUCCCUCUUCUCCGUCUCCGUCUUGGCCCCCGUUCUCCUCGUCUCCUUCAGGCUCAAGCACAUUUCCGCCACAGGACGCAAGGAGUUUCUGGAGGAGUUCUCCAAUAGGAAAUUUAGUGCGGAUGUUUGGAGACUUAAUUCAGUCGAUCAGGAAGAGGGCGAGGGCUUGAAAGAGCCGAAACAGGUAAUUUAUGAAGACAAUGAAGUUGGUUCCAUGGUCAGCUAUACUUAUAAUAAGGUCCAUCAGUCUGCAGAGUCCAGAGGCGCUGCAGAAAGAACUCAAAUCUUGGAAAGAAAUGGAACUACACGCAGAAGUGCUAAGGAAGAUGAGCAAAUUCAGCAUCAUGAAGUUCCAUCCACAUCCAGAGGACAGGAGAAAUUCGAUCAAACUAUGGUCCACCGAGUUCAGAGGGGACAGCCUCAGGAGCAAAGUUUGUCAGAUAAAAAGGUGAAAGAGAUGAAAGAUCAGCUGAUUAGAGCAAAAGUAUACUUGAACUUUGCACCACCAGGUAGUAACUCACAUAUUGUGAAAGAGCUGAGACAGCGGAUGAAAGAGUUGGAAAGAGCAAUCGGUGAUGCCAAGAAGGAUUCUGAUUUAUCUAGGAGAGCUUGGCAGAGAACAAAAAUCAUGGAAGUUUCCUUGUCCAAAGCCAGUCGUGCCUUUCCAGACUGUUCAUCCAUGGCCAUAAAGCUCCGUGCUAUGACUUACAACACUGAAGAGCAGGUUCGGGCGCAUAAGAAUGAAGCUGAACAUCUUAUACAGCUUGCUGCAAGGACUACACCAAAAGGUCUUCAUUGCCUUGCUAUGCGGCUCACUUCAGAGUAUUUCACCCUUCCAGCUGAUGAGAGAAAGCUUGCUAACCAGGAAAAAGCACGUGAUGGAGAUCUCUAUCACUAUGCUGUAUUCUCGGACAACAUUCUUGCUUGUGCAGUAGUGGUCAACUCAACAGUGGCACAUGCUGCGGAGCCAGAGAAGAUCGUGUUCCAUGUAGUGACAGAUUCCCUCAAUUUCCCAGCAAUUUCUAUGUGGUUUUUGCAAAAUCCUCCUGGAAGAGCGAUUGUAGAUAUCCAGAGCUUAGAAAAUUUUGAGUGGCUUUUGAAAAAAUAUGCUUCAUCAAUGCAGAAGCAGAAUGCCCAUGACCCUCGAUAUACUUCUGCACUGAAUCAUCUACGGUUUUAUCUGCCAGAUGUUUUCCCUCUGCUGGAUAAGAUUGUGUUUUUGGACCAUGAUGUGGUAGUGCAAAGGGAUCUUACCGAGCUUUGGGAUGUGGAUUUGAAGGGAAAAGUAAAUGGGGCUGUGGAAACUUGUCAGGAAGGUGAUGCUUCAUAUCGGCGGAUGGACAUGUACAUUGACUUCACAGAUCCAUUUGUUUCCGAGAGGUUCGAUGCCAAUACGUGCACAUGGGCGUUUGGGAUGAACUUGUUUGAUUUGCAAGAGUGGAGGAAGCAAAAUUUAACUGCAAAAUAUGGCAGCUACUUGCAGCUGUUGCAGGAGCAUGGGAAGCCAUUGUGGAAGGCUGGCAGUUUACCGAUAGGCUGGCUCACCUUUUACAACCAGACAGUAGCUCUGGACAGGAGAUGGCACAUCCUUGGCCUAGGUCAUGAGUCGAAUGUCGCGCUGAGCGACAUUGACCGUGCAGCAGUUAUACACUUUAAUGGUGUCAUGAAGCCGUGGUUGGAAAUCGGGAUCAGGAAGUACAAGGGUUACUGGACCAAGCAUGUCAUUUUUUACCACCCUUACUUGCAACAGUGCAACGUCCACGAGUAGUCCCGGCCACUUGAGUAUUCUUAAACCACAUGGCGCACCCGUUGGCACUUGAUUAUUCUUCAAGAACAAAGGAAGCUUUGAUUCUUUCAAUCUCUUACAAAUUUUUGUGUAAAUUACCUUCCAUUCUUUCGAAGAGAACUAUCCGGCCAUAAUUACCAUUGGAGCAGAGGUUAACUUAGUUCAAUAAGAAUCCCCCCACACCUUCCUACCCCCCAAGCAGAUUUUUGUAAUGCUCUUUAGUUCUUGGAUGUACAUAAAACUCAUCUCAGAUAAUUAAGGCUUCUUAAUUCUCGGCCGAA